AUGGCGGCGCUGCUGCUGCUGUACAUCGGCUGGCGCUUCACAGAGGCCAUCGCCGGGCAGGGCUAUGACGCCGAAUUCAGCAGCGCCAAGAACUUUUUCAAGUUCCGCAUCAGCCCCAUGGUAUCAGGCCUUGUGUAUUGUUCAUACAUGGCGUUUCUUAUCAGCGCCAUGCACAUUGUGGCGUCUUCCAAUGACGGUGAAGAGGCGGCUGGCAGGCUGGAGCAGGCCAACGCGAAGCGCGGGGAGGGCUGGCCCGGGUCUUGGCGGUUCAGCACUGCGGGGCGCGUCGGCCUCGGGUUUGUGGGCAUCGCGUUCCUCAUAGCCACCAUCAUCCAGCUCCAAGGAGUGUUCUCUCGCAAGUGGCACCGCGAUUACCAGCAGCCCACCAGCCGCGCUGGCCGCGUCGUGAUGACGGCGGUGUUCACCCUCGGCCACAUUGGGUUUGCAGGCCGCGCGGGCGCCUUCGUGUCGAUGGCGGCGCUGUUUCUGAAGGAUGCGGGCGGCGUCGAUGAUGACACCGUCUCUCAUGAGAGCAGCAUGGUCGCCAACGCCCUCUACCAGCUGCAGUCUGGCGGCCCCGGACUGCGCGCGAUCCUGUUCUUGAUCGGCGCGCUGCUGGUCGUUUACGGCGCGUUUGCGGUCGCGUCGGCCGUCGGCGGGCGCCAGUUCCCGACGCCGCCGCCGAGCCGGCGGCGGCGGCCGACGGCGGCGGAGGUGAUCGCGGCGGGAGAGUCGGGGGCGGGUGCGGCCGGGGGGGCGGGGGGCAAGGAGGAGGUGCACAACGGCUGGGUUCAGCGGCUGGUGCGGCGCGCGGCGGGGUGCGGCAGCAUGUGGCGGCGGGAUGAGAGUGGAGACGGGCUGAAAGCAAAAUCAAGCAACACGUCCACGGGCGCAUCGUUGUCAGCGGCCCCUGCGGCCGUGCUCGCGGUGAGGGGUGGAAGCCCCAUUGCCGCUGAGGCGGUGCCGGGGUUAUCUUUCAUCCGAACUGGCAGCCGGGGCGAUGAGGGGGCGACGCUGGACGCAGCCGAGCGGGGGGCUGGGGCUGGGGUGCGCAGCGGAUGA